GCAUGGGUGGCUGGGUGGGGUUGGCGGUUGAGAGGGAUUUGAGGAGGGCAAAGGGAGGACACAUUCCUGCGCCCUCCAUGUCGGCACAGACGAGGGCAGCUGCUGUGUACGGGCUCCACCAGAGGGGCAAGGGGACUGUUUGUGGGUGGCAUGGAGGGUGCCGACGAAGAAAUGCGGGUGUGAUGUGAUGUUGCCAUGACGUCCGCUCUCUCCCCUCCCUCCCGCUCCGCCCUCCCACCUGCCCAACCCCUCAGGCCGCUGCCGCCUCCUCCCUCACCAUCCCUCGCGCCUACGACUCCACCCUCCUCGCCCUCAAACGCACCUCCACCGCCUCUUCCUCCAACUCCUCCUCCUCCUCCUCCUUCUCCUCAAGUACCACCAGCACCAGCACUACCUCCUCCAACUCCUUUCCCUUCGCCGGCCGGGCAGCCUCCAUGGCAGCCGGGGCGGCGGGGGUGGAGGGCGGCGGCGGCGCUGCGGGCGUGGUGGACCUGCGGGUCGCGGAGCUGAGCAGCCCGGUGAUGGUGGAGGCGGUGGCGGGGGUGCGGCGGCAGGCGGGGCACGAGGGCUGGGUGGGGCUGCAGCGGGCCAUCAUGCAUGUGCCCACGCUGCAUGGCCUGCUGAACAGCCUGGGCAUCUUCCGCCCCAAGCUCGCCAUGUCGGGUGACGUGGCUCGGCUGUCUCUGGACGCGGGGGACAUCACCGCUGACCCACGGGUCGCUUGUGUGGCGGUGCAGGCGCGCAACAGCCCCGCCAUCCUCACCAGCCCCAACGAGGUGGACGACCUCAUUCCGCUGCUGCUCGCCCAAGACCGCUCCGCAGCCUUCAGAGACAUCCUCUCCCAGAUAAACGCAGCCGCAAACACCGGCAUCACCCCCACCUUCAUCCCCGGCUUGCUCUCCUCCUACGGCCCCUCCGGUGACGCCAGCGGCCCCGCCAACAUCACGGGCGGUCUGGGCCCCGGCCUCGGACCGGUGAUGGGCGGUUUCACGGUGGGCAGCAACGGCAGCGUCAGCAUGAGCGGGUGCGCGUUUGGAGGCGCCCAGAUCGUGUCCUCUCCUGCACUGCUGCUGGCCAGCAAGCCCGGCAUCCGCAUCCUGUUGUUCGUUGCGGCCAAUGACGUGACGCAGCUGGCGGUGAACUUGGUGCUGCUGAUGGCACGCCCCGGUCGUGACGUGGUGCACCUGGUGACGGUGGUUCACAACAGCCUGGUCACCACCACCGGGCAGGCGCUGGUGCUCAAGUACCUCAAACAGAUCUCCAACGCCAUGAUCGAGGCGCACGCGGAGGUGCUGGUCAAGGGCAUGUGCGGGCUGCUGGAGAUGAUGGAGUCCGCGGUUGAGCGGCUGUCCCCCGGCCUGGUGGUGCUCGCCUCCUCGGCGCUCACCAUGAGCAACCUCAACACGGCCUCCGUGAUGGGCAGCGUGACGCUGUCGGUGCUGAAGCGCCUGUCGCUGCCCGUGGCGGUGGUCACGUCGAACAGCAGGAACCUGGUGCUGACGCAGAGGCGCACCGCGCUGCGCUGCAUGGCGGUUGUGGAGGCCACCUCGCGGCCCGCCCUCAACUUCCUGUGCACCUCCUGCAUGGAGCCCAUGCGGGGCGACCGGCUGGUGCUGGCGGGCCACCACCCCACCCGCCAAAUGACCUCGCAGCAGCAGCAGACGCAGCGGCGCCUCAUUGACAAUUUCGCGGACAUUGCCUCGAGUCAUCGCUUCCACUCGGCCUCCCGGCUGCAGCUCGACGGCUCGCUGGACCGAGCGCUGUCUGCGGCGGCGGACGAGGAGGGGAUCCACCUGGUGGGAAUGCAGCUGCCGCUGGGAAGCAAGGGAGUGCCCGGGCAUGUGCUGGGCCUUAUCCGCUCCUGCAAGGGCGCCGUACUGGUGUACCGGGACCCGCUGUGAGGGCGCUGUGGGUGAGGCGAGCUUUGCUUUGCUGCACUAGAUGGGGAGACCAGAGAGAGCGCGGUGGGGUGCGCUUGGGACUGAGAGGGGAGUGGCGUAUAGGGGGGGUCGUGCAAGCCAGCUUUGCUUGCAUGGGAUAAUGCAGGGCGGGGGAGUGAGAACAGCGGCUGAUGAGCCGCAGAGGCUGGGAGACGCCGGUAGAGGACGUACCCGUCGGCGGGUCAUGCGCCUGAAACGAUGGCUGCAACGGCACGAUGACGGGAGGCUUGCCCAUUAGUCGGGGGUGAAUUGCUGUGUGCUUGAUGAGGACUGCGCAGGUGGCCUUUACAGUUAACUGUUUUUGACCCGGUUGCUAGCAUGCUAAUACCAUGCCCUGUAGUGGAUUGUCAUAGUUCAUUGCUGGCGAAGUGUGCAAAGCAGCACUUCAAUUUAUCCAUUAGUCUGUAUUGGACUGGUUGUCGGCCUAGCCCUGGCGUGCAUAUCUUAAAUCAUGUAUGUUAUAGCCCCAUGCGCUAGUACUAGCAUGCCUCCUGUGGCGGCUGGAACACCUGCCUACAGGCAUACACUUGCAUGUUGCUUUGCUUACGAUUGUUAGUGAGCGGGUUGCAUCGGGUGGCCUUUCCCGCCGUGAUGGGGCGUACAAUUGACGCAUGCUCGCAACGUGAUUGCUUCGCUUUGGGUUUUACAACAGGACGCGCUGACCUUUAGACAAGGUAUCUGAAAGUGGCUUACACCUAUGCGUGUGAGCAUCGUCCCAGACUGGUCAAAUGCACCGGCGCAUUGGCGCGCCUUACCGUGCUGCCUGGUUUUAGGUUGGAAAAUGAGCGACAUGGCCGCUAGUCAGUCCUAAAGAGGUGACAUGAUAACUGUAAGCCAUAAGGGGCGUCUGA